GCCAUCCUCGUCAAGCAAAUCCACAAAUUGCUCACUUUCGUACACGAUGUAUCGUGCAGCAGUGGCCGCUUUAUGCUUCGGCAGCAGCUCAGCCUUCAUCGCACCGCAGCCUGCUCGCGUGGCAGCGCCGGCUCUGCAAGCUGUGCCGAGAGAUGAUGCUGCCAAGCCCUUAGCUGCCCUGGCUCCCGCCGCACAGCUCGCGGCCGCACUGUCGCUUGCCACCAUCACGAUCGGUGCGCCCGAGGUCGCGUGCGCUGCAGUGUUGAACCAGUUUCGACUGAAAAUGACCGGAGACGGUGUUCGCUUCCGACGCGAGUGCGCCAACGCAGGUUCGCCGCGACGUCGAUGGCGCCGACGACGACAAUCUCUGCGACGAGCAGCAAGAAGAAGGCGGUCAAGGCGGCGCCGAAGCGCAAGGCCCCCGCGAAGCGCAAGGCCGCCCCGAAACGCAAGGCCGCGCCCAAGCCCAAAGCGGCGCCCAAGAAGGCCGUCGCUCGCCGUGUCAUUUCCGUCGGCGCGUCCUCGUUAAUAUGCACACGCGCAGGCGCCGAAGAAAGCGGUAAAAAAAGCAGCGCCGAAGCCGGCCGCGAAGAAGCCCACCGCCGCCAAACCCAAGGCGAAAGCCGCGCCGAAGGCCAAGGCGCCGGCGCCGAGGCCCGCCGCCGCGAAGCCCGCGCCGAAGGCCAAGGCCUCGAAAGCCGCGCCGGCGCCCGCGCCGGCGAAGAAGAGCGCCCUCGCCGUCGAGCCCGCCGUCAAGGCCGCGCCCCUGGACCGGACGUCGGCCAAGACCGGCGGCAACAUCGGCUUCAAGCUGAAGGACGAGUCGGCCAAGCCGAAAGCUAGAGCGGCGGCCGCGCCCGCGGCGGCCGUCGACGACGGCACGUCGAAGCUCGCCAACAAGGCGGGCGCCAAGCAGAUGAACCAGCUCGCGCGCGAGGCGCCCGGCGCGGCCAAGCCCCAGUCGAUCAAGCUCGAGAAGAAGGCGGCGCCCGUCGCCAAAUCGGCCCCUUCGAAACCCGUCCAGAAGACGGGCGACUUCUCCGUGAACCCCACGAAGCCGGGCAAGAAGACGUACACGAAGAAGGGCGCGGAGUCGUCCGACCUCUCGGACGCGGCGCUCGCCGAGAAGCUCCAGUCGAAGUUCUAGGUCUAGUGCCUAAACACCACCAUCAAGAGA